AUGGAGGUCAAAGAGGAUUCGUGGGGGUGGCUUGGGGAUAAAGACGGAAAGUUCUUGGCGGCUUUGGUUAGAAAGCUUUUGAUCAAGGAAAGAGCGGAGUGUCCGCUUCAGCCGCUCGAAUGGUGUAAAUGGCUUCCGGCGAAGGUAAACAUCUUCGUUUGGAGAACUGGUAUGUAUAAAAUUCCGACGAGGAAGGCGUUAGCUAAAAGAAACAUUCAAAUUCCCGAAUUGAGUUGCGUUUUCUGUGAGGAAAGUGAUGAAGAUGCUGAUCAUUUGUUCUCGGGGUGUCCGUUAGUUCAGAAAGUAUGGCAGAAUGUUUGUAAAUGGGCUCGGAUUCCGGAACUUUUUGCUUUUGAGGUCAAGGAUGUUUUGGAACACUAUAAAUUCUGUGAGUCAAGAAAAGAUGCUAGAGAAGUGGUCAAAGGGUUGUUUAUGUUGGGAUGCUGGUGUGUAUGGAAAUCCCGAAACUCGGUUGUGUUCUCGAAGGGCACCGGUAGAAGCGAAGACAUCAUGGGAGACAUCAAGUCGUUAGGAUUCCUAUGGCUGGAUAACAGGUCUAAAUAUAGGGGUUUAGAUUGGGUUGAAUGGUGUAAAUAUCCUAUGUAUAUGUUGUAA